GGAGAUUCCGGCCUUUCCUCCUGGCUGCGAGUGGGGUCGCCUCCCUGGUCUCCGGUCCCGGGUUGGCAGAAGCAUGGAACCAGACGGCCGGUGGCGGAGCCUGCCCAGCGGGCCCAGCCUGAAGCACUUGACCGACCCCUCGUACGCAAUUCCUCCGGAGCAGCAAAAGGCGGCGUUGCAGGACCUGACGCGGGCGCACGUGGACUCCUUCAACUACGCGGUGCUGGAGGGGCUGAGCCACGCGGUGCAGGCCAUUCCUCCCUUUGAAUUUGCUUUCAAAGAUGAGCGCAUAUCUCUUACUAUCGUGGAUGCUGUCAUCAGUCCGCCCUCAGUGCCCAAAGGGACCAUCUGCAAAGAGCUCAGCGUUUUCCCAGCCGAGUGCCGGGGACGACGGAGCACCUACCGCGGGAAGCUGACGGCUGACAUCAGCUGGGCAGUGAACGGAGUCCCCAAAGGAGUCAUUAAACAGUUUCUUGGCUAUGUCCCCAUCAUGGUAAAGUCUAAACUUUGCAACUUAUACAACCUUCCUCCUCAAGUCCUCAUUGAGCACCAUGAAGAGGCAGAGGAAAUGGGAGGUUAUUUUAUAAUCAAUGGCAUCGAAAAAGUCAUCCGAAUGUUGAUUAUGCCUCGGAGGAAUUUCCCCAUUGCCAUGAUAAGACCAAAGUGGAAAAGCAGAGGGCUUGGCUACACUCAUUUCGGGGUCUCCAUGCACUGUGUGAGAGAAGAGCAUUCCGCCGUCAACAUGAACCUUCACUAUGUGGAGAAUGGCACAGUUAUGCUGAACUUUAUUUACCGGAAAGAACUGUUUUUCCUUCCUUUGGGAUUUGCACUUAAGGCACUUGUGAGCUUUUCUGACUAUCAGAUAUUCCAGGAGCUCAUCAAAGGCAAAGAGGAAGACUCUUUCUUUAAGAAUUCUGUCUCUCAGAUGUUGAGGAUUGUCAUGGAAGAGGGCUGCUCCACGCAGAAGCAGGUCCUUAACUAUCUGGGCGAGCGCUUCAGAGUGAAACUCAGUCUCCCUGACUGGUACCCAAAUGAGGAAGCUGCCAAGUUCCUGUUCAACCAGUGCAUUUGUAUCCACCUGAAGUCCGAUACUGAGAAGUUUUACCUGCUCUGUCUCAUGACCCGGAAGCUCUUUGCCCUAGCCAGAGGCGAGUGCAUGGAGGACAACCCCGAUAGCUUAGUGAAUCAGGAAGUCCUUACCCCUGGUCAGCUCUUCCUGAUGUUUCUGAAGGAAAAAAUGGAAAAUUGGCUAGUGUCUAUUAAGAUAGCUUUAGAUAAGAGGGCUCAGAAGACCAAUGUAUCCAUAAACAGUGAGAAUUUGCUGAAGAUAUUUAGUAUGGGAUCAGAACUAACGAAACCAUUUGAAUAUCUUCUUGCUACUGGGAAUCUGCGUUCGAAAACAGGUCUCGGCUUCCUGCAAGACUCCGGCCUGUGUGUUGUGGCUGACAAGUUGAACUUCAUUCGCUAUCUCUCCCAUUUCCGCUGUGUGCACAGAGGGGCUGACUUUGCCAAGAUGAGGACCACCACAGUGCGCAGGCUGCUCCCAGAGUCCUGGGGCUUCCUCUGUCCUGUGCACACCCCAGACGGAGCACCGUGUGGGCUGCUGAACCACCUGACUGCCACAUGUGAGGUUGUCACGAAGUUCGUGUACACCGCAUCUGUCCCGGCCUUGCUCUGUGGCUUAGGUGUCACUCCUGUUGAUGCGGCAUCUUGUCGACCAUACAGUGACUGCUACCCUGUCCUGCUGGAUGGUGUCAUGGUGGGCUGGGUGGAUAAGGAUCUUGCUCCUGAGGUCGCAGACGCUCUCCGUCGCUUUAAGGUGUUGAGGGAGAAAAGAAUUCCUCCCUGGAUGGAGGUGGCCCUGGUCCCCAUGACAGGAAAGCCAAGCCUGUACCCAGGGUUGUACCUCUUCACCACCCCCUGCAGGCUGGUGAGGCCUGUGCAGAACUUGGAACUGGGCAAAGAAGAACUCAUUGGAACAAUGGAACAGCUCUUCAUGAAUGUUGCCAUUUUUGAGGAUGAGGUUUUUGCCGGAGUUUCCACACACCAGGAGCUCUUCCCUCACAGCCUUCUGAGUGUGAUCGCCAACUUCAUCCCCUUCUCUGAUCACAACCAGAGUCCUCGGAACAUGUACCAGUGCCAGAUGGGUAAGCAGACCAUGGGCUUCCCACUGCUCACUUAUCAAGACCGAUCAGAUAAUAAACUCUACCGUCUUCAGACACCUCAAAGCCCACUAGUGAGACCAUGCAUGUAUGACUAUUACGACAUGGACAACUAUCCGAUUGGGACAAACGCCAUUGUAGCCGUGAUCUCCUACACUGGCUACGACAUGGAAGAUGCCAUGAUUGUGAACAAGGCUUCUUGGGAACGAGGCUUUGCUCAUGGAAGUGUCUACAAGUCUGAAUUCAUAGACCUCUCUGAAAAAUUUAAGCAAGGGGAUGAUAAUCUUGUGUUUGGGGUCAAACCUGGUGACCCACAGGUUAUGCAGAAGUUAGACGAUGAUGGAUUGCCUUUCAUAGGAGCAAAGCUGCAAUUUGGUGACCCCUACUACAGCUACCUCAACCUUAACACUGGGGAAGGCUUCGUGGUUUACUAUAAGAGUAAAGAAAAUUGUAUUGUGGACAACAUUAAAGUGUGUAGUAAUGACACGGGCAGUGGGAAAUUCAAAUGCAUCUGUAUCACGAUACGAGUCCCUCGGAAUCCAACUAUUGGAGAUAAAUUUGCCAGCCGUCACGGACAGAAGGGCAUUUUGAGCCGACUGUGGCCAGCUGAGGACAUGCCUUUUACUGAGAGUGGGAUGGUGCCCGACAUUCUGUUUAAUCCUCAUGGCUUUCCCUCCCGUAUGACCAUUGGGAUGUUAAUCGAAAGUAUGGCUGGGAAGUCUGCAGCUUUGCACGGUCUCUGCCAUGAUGCUACCCCUUUCAUCUUUUCUGAGGAGAGCUCAGCCUUAGGUUACUUUGGGGAGAUGCUAAAGGCUGCUGGCUACAACUUCUAUGGCACUGAGCGAUUGUAUAGUGGUAUCAGCGGGAUGGAGCUGGAAGCAGACAUUUUCAUCGGUGUGGUUUAUUACCAGCGCUUACGCCACAUGGUGUCAGACAAAUUUCAAGUUAGAACAACCGGAGCCAGGGACAAAGUCACCAACCAGCCUAUCGGGGGAAGGAACGUCCAGGGUGGAAUCCGCUUUGGGGAGAUGGAGCGGGAUGCUCUGUUGGCACACGGUACAUCCUUUCUCCUUCAUGAUCGGCUCUUCAACUGCUCUGACCGCUCGACCGCCCACGUAUGUGUGAAAUGUGGCAGCUUGCUCUCCCCGCUACUUGAAAAACCUCCUCCUUCCUGGUCUGCUAUGCGCAACAGAAAAUACAACUGCACUGUCUGUGGCCGCAGUGACACCAUUGACACUGUCUCUGUGCCAUAUGUUUUCCGGUAUUUUGUAGCUGAGCUGGCAGCUAUGAACAUCAAAGUAAAACUGGAUGUCGUUUAACUUGAUCCUGGCCAUCUGAGUUAGGAGAUUAGAACAAAAGGGGAUUUUAAUCCAAUGAAGAUGUUAUGGGCUCACUCUGGGUCUAUACAAGAAUUUCAGUACUAAAGCCAAGAACAAGCAGCUGAGAAUUCAAGGCUUCCGUGCCUCUGAAACCUGCUGAAGUGGUUUUGGUAUAUUUCUUUAAAAAUGUUCUUAAGUAUCUUCUUUAAAAAAUGAUUUAUUGAUAAUAGAUCAUGCAGGAAUAUUUCCUUUCCCGGCCCAGGUUCACUGUUCCCUGCUUUCAGUAGCAGUUUAUCAUCCAUCCAGAGCAGGACAGCAUAAUAAACAGAAAAUGGAAGCCAUAAAUGUAAUUUUUAUUUUUAUAUACGUGUAAACUAAAGCUAUAUCAUGUAUACAAUUUGAUGGAUUGGAACAUAGGUAUAGCUGUGACGUCAUAAUGGUCAAGGUAAAUAAACAUAUCUGUCAUCUCCCAAGUGUCAUUGUGCACCUUUGGGUUGUGCGUGUGUGUGUUUGUGUUUCUGUCUGAGAUCUGUCCCCUUCACAGCUCCAAGUGCAGCUUGUUGUCAGCUACAAGCAGCUCCAUGUCUUUGGCCUCCAGCGAACGCUAUUCUACUCUGUAUCUGAGUUGGCCUUUUGUUCACUCAGUGGGGUCGUGCAGCAGCUGUACGUGUUUCACUUAGCACGGUGUCCUCAGGGUGCAGCUGUGUCUUCAAAUGUGGCAGGACUUCCUCCACCUUUAAGGCUGAGUGUAUUUGAUUAGUGAGUAGCUAUGUUCCUUUGCUUUUUUUUUAACCUUUGUAUGAGUUUCUUGUGCUUAUUAGGGUUUUGUGUGUGUGCUUGUGUAUACUAUAUACUUACACAGCUGUAUUAUACUGUAUAUACUUUACAGCUGUAUUGUUCCCUGUUAUUGGGUGUUUGAAUUCUUCCAUGGAAAAUACCUUGAACUGGUUGAUACCCAGCUACCCCAUUCUCUGUCUACCUCACAGUCCCGUGGCUAGGAGUCCUGUUUGGAUCUCUGGUGUCAGAAAGAGCUGUGGUUUUGAAGGCCCUGUUGUAAGCAGGGUUCACCGUGAGGCCGAGGUUGGCUGUGACCGAGUCAUCCUCUUGCCUCCAGAGUGUUAAAGUUAUCAAUGUGGACAACACCCAGCAAAUGUGUUUCAUUUUGAUACAGGGUUUCUCUGUAGUCCUGGCUGUCCUUGCUCUGUAGACCAGGCUGACCUCGAACUCAAGAGACUGCCUGCCUCUGCUAGGAUUAAAGGCAUGUGCCACCACUGCCCAGCACCAGCUAAUUAUUUUUACAUUAACUUUUGAUCUUGUAGAUUCUUGACCAAUAAAUUGAUAUGACAUUGAGACAACCCAAGAGCUUACUCAGAUUUUUCUAGUUUUAUGUAUACCUACAUACAGUUGCAUGGAAUGUUAUCUUCUGUGUAGAUUUGUGUUAUACAUAGGACACUUGUCAUGUUGUGCCUUCUGAUAAUAUCUCUAACCCUUCAGUCUUCUCUAUAAUUUCAAGCAAUACAUGUAAAUAGAAUCAUAAAAUACUGUAUUUUGAGACUGAC